AUGGGUUGCUUUUCUUCUAAAUUAAGGGAAGAAUCAGAAACUAUGGAUUCAGAAAAUACACAGACUGAAUUUAGAUUUAGUGACGGAAGAAGAUAUCAUAAUGUGGAAGGUGCCGUAUAUCCUAUGCCAAAUGAUGAGGAUGAACAAGAUAGACUACAUCUUCAACAUUUCUUGAUGAGAUACCUUUGGCAAAGCAAUUUUUCUGCACCCAUCAAUCACAUAUUGACUAAACCAGGUUCUAAAAUCAUUGAUAUUGCGUAUCAAGCGAUUGAUGUUGUUGGAUUAGAUAUCUCUCCACUUCAACCUACGCAGAUAAAGCCAAAGAAUUUCACAUACGUUAAAGCAAAUGUCUUAGAAGAAAUACCAUUCGAAGAUUGUACUUUUGAUUUUGUAUAUCAACGUUUUAUGUCUUAUGCAUAUACCAAAGAUGAAUGGCCAAGUGCAAUGAAUGAGCUUGUUAGGAUUUUAAAGCCAGGUGGAUUCAUAGAGUUGAUGGAACCAUCUCCAGAGCUUUUUGAUCUUGGACCGAUUGCUAAACGUUUAUGGGGAGCUCAAACAACGCUCGUGACACAAAGAGGUGUAGACCUGAAUGUAUAUCAAAAAUUAGAGAAAAUUCUACAAGAUCAAGGUCAGCUAGAAAAUAUUAAAAAAGAAGUAAAAAUAAUCCGUCAUGGUAUAAAUAAUAAUAUCGAACUUAAUAAAGUGGAUAUAAAUAAUAUAGUUUCCAUAAUGGGUGGGAUGAAAACACAUACAACAAAAGUAUUGCAAAUUUCAGAUGAUGAAUUUGAUGAAUUGCUUAAAGCAGCAGAAAAGGAAUUAUAUGAGACCGAUUUUAAUUAUCAUUUGGUUCGUGUCUAUGCAAGCAAACUUGUAGCUGAUAAUUAA